UGUCAAUAAUAAAGAAAAUUCUAUUUUCAAAGAGGAUAAAUUUUUUACAUUCCUAAGCAUUAAACCCUUGGCCCAUAAUCAUGGAUAACAUGGCAAAGAAAAAUUUCCUCCAAGUCUAUUUGUCGAAGCAGAAGGAACUGAGCAAACAACAGCGUGAAUAUAAAAAGAUACUCUCCACAAAACUGAAAAGUCGCAAGGAAACCAUUAUCGAGGCCAGAUAUCAAAAUGCCAUAGAACAGCUGAAGCAGGAAAAAGAUGAUCUCAAAGCCCAAAUAUGGGUGGCCAAUGGAUGGACGCAUGUGCGUGAAAAUAAACGCUGCCUGCGCAACAUCAAAGGCCAUGUCGCCACACAAGAGAAAUUGACCGCUGACAUUGGCAAACUCAAGGUGGACAUUCGAAAUUUGGAACGUGAGAUUGGCCGAGUGGAUAGGCAGAUCUACGAACUAAAUCGCCAAACAGUGCCCGAGAAUCAGCAUCAGGCCCAUGUGGCAAAGGUGCGCAGGAAAAUGUCAAUUUUAGAAAAUCAACUUGAGUUGAGCAUACGCAGGGAAUGUACCUUUACAGCGGCCAAUGCUGAGCUGCGUGAGGAAUUGGUGAAAGUCGUAAACCAACGCACUCUCUUCAAUGAGUCCUACUCGAAGUUGGUGCAAAAGUUGAACAGCGACAAGAAAUAUUUGAUUGAGUUAAUCGAAUAUGCCUUGGGUAAAUUUGACAAUUGCAUUGACAUCUAUGCCAAGAUCGAUAACACCUUGAAAAAGGAAACCAAAGAGCGCAACCUGCGUAGAUUGGAAAUGCAGGACAUAAUGAGAAAAAUUGCUGCCGAUUCGGAUACCUCAGCAUUUAUGGAAACCAAAGGUAAAGCUCGUGACUUGGCUGCUCUGCAGCCCAAGGAGGUGGCACGUAGGGAAAAAUUCCGCCAGAAUCAUCAGCGCAAGAUCGGGUUGUACAAUAAAAUUCUGGAGAAAAUUCAAGACUAUACCCAGACACAAAAUGUGGAGAAAAUCAUAGAGAAAUUUCAACAACAGGAGAGUCUGUAUUACUCCUAUUUCAAUUAUGCCAAUGAAUUGAGUUAUCACAUGACCCAUCUCACCAACUCGGUGGAUAGACUUUACCAGGACAUUGAUUCUCUGAAAAAGUCCAAUGUGAAUACUCUGCAAAAUCAGCUGGAGACCAUAGAACACUUGGAGCAGACAUUAGCUGAGAGAAAGCAGAAAAACUCGGAGCUGCAAAAAGUGCGCGAAGCCAAUGAUCAACGCUUGUAUAGUCUGCUGCAGGGAAUUGAAACACUUUUCAAAAUGUCCCAUUGUGAUGCCUCACCUCUGAAGGCAUUGCUGGGUAACCAUAGCCAUGUUGAUUUGUUUAAUGUUCGACGCUUUUUGAAAAUCUUGGAAAAGCGCAUUUUCGACAUAACAGCCAGUGUUUAUGUGUUGGAACGCCAAGAUGAGGCCAAGAGUUAUGGUGAUUAUGUGGUCAAACAAAUCGAAAAGAUUUGUGAAUGGCCCACCGAUCUCGAUGAUAUAGUAUUGACUCAACAAUGUGCCGAGUGUGCUGAAGCCGAGGCCUUAAAUGGGGAUGAUGGCGGCGAUGGUGCAGUCGUUAACUCUAUUGAGCAGACCAAAGAGAAGCUUUGCAAGAAGGUCGUACAACCAGAAAUGCAAUAUCACCUGCAUAGCAUCACUCAGUGUCGCAUGCCGCGUUCACGUAUUUUGGCAGCCAAAAGGAAUGCUUAAAGAGUUUGACUUUGAUGGAAGCGGGAGAACAUUUUCAUCUGAUCUUAAAUACAUGUAUAUUUUGUAGAUGAUAUGAUAACAUUGUACACUUUAUUCUAAAUUUAUCAUUUGUAAUCAUAACCAUUUGUAGAAGUUCAUAAUAUAUUGGGUUGCCCAAAAAGUAA